AUGGCGCUCAAGCCCAGCGUAUGCAUACAACAUACGUAUAAGUGCCUCAUCCUAGGCGAUUCUGGCGUGGGCAAGUCCACUUUUCUGCGACGGCACGCAACGGGCCAGUUCGAGGAGGAGCAUGUGCCCACUUAUGGACUGAAUGUACAUACGCUGCCGCUGGAGACGAGCUACCAGGCAGUCGCACUGGAGCUGUGGGACGUGGCAGGCGAUGCCCGGCAUGGGGGACUACACAAUGGCUACUUCUUCUAUGCCACAUGUGCCAUCAUCAUGUUCGAUCUGAGCUCCGCCAGCUCUGCGGCGAGUGUGGCGCGUUGGCAACGACAGUUCACGGAGAUUUGCGGCAAGCAGCUGCCGGUGGUUGUGUGUGGCAACAAGGCGGAACUGAAGCGCAUGUGCCCCGCUCUGCUGUAUCGUCAGCAACCCAACUUCGACUACUGUGAGCUGUCGUCACGCGCUGCUUGGAACAUGGAGGCGCCACUGGAGCUGCUCUGUCGUCGGCUGCUGCGACUCAAGGACUUGAAACUGAUCUCGUUUCCAAUACUCAAGCCGGUCAAGAAUGGCGAGUUCAAUGUGCCCAGAAUGCAAAAACAAAUGGAUGAGGUCAAAAAGAAAAUGUUGCCACCCAGGCGCAUGGAAGACGAUGUUACCGAAGAAUUACAUAAACAUGAUCUCAAACAUCAUAUUAUUUUAAAUUAG